UCUUGGUUGAUUUGUGGUUUCAGGGUUGGAAAGCUGGUGGAUUCCAGUUUGGAUAUCCAGGCGAUCCAGCUGCCAGCUCUCCAGUACCAGCAUGAGAGACGCUCCCACGAUUGGACCACGGAUGACGCCAGCAGCAUCAGCGGUCUGACCGACGUCACAGACUUCACCGACAGCGGAACCCUGAUCUCGGAGGACUGCUCCAACAUUAAGCUGAACACUGGGGUCCGACUACACCUGCAGCAGUUCUAUGCCAUGUUCCUGAAGAGAGCGCUGUACAGCUGGAGGAACUGGAAGGUGAUGGUGGCUCAGUUCCUGGUUCCCUUGGUCUUCACUAUUGUGGCCUUAGUUGUGGCACGCACCUUUCCCAGUCACCUGAACGCCCCCGAGCUGAAGCUGGUGCUCAGCCGCUAUGGGGCCACCAGGGUCCCGGUGGCUCUGCAGCCGGGGGCCGGAUCUCUGGCCUCGGCCUUGGCGGACGCCUACAGCUCCCAGCUGUCUGCCCAGCUGGGCCAGCGCAUCAACACCACUGACUUCACUGACUACGUCCUGACCCAGGCCGAGGAGGAAGGGGGCAGCUUUAAUGAGCGCUGCGUGGUCGGCGCUGCCUUCCGUGGCAGCAGCAGCCAAAUUGCAGAAGCAACGGCUUACUUCAACAACGAGGGCUACCACACACCGGCCACAGCACUCAUGAUGGUGGACAACGCUCUGUUCAAGCUCCUAGCUGGACCCAACGCUUCCAUCGAGACGGGAAACUACCCAAUGCCACGCAACCUGUCUGAGACGGCCCAGAGCCAGCUCACUGAGGGUAAAACAGGAUUCGCCAUUGCCAUUAACCUCAUGUAUGGAAUGGCCUCGCUGUCCAGCACCUUCGCUCUGCUGCUCGUCACGGAGUCCUCCAUCAAGUCGAAGCAUGUGCAGCAGGUGAGCGGCGUCUACCUGUCCAACUUCUGGUUCUCCGCCCUGCUGUGGGACCUGAUCAACUUCCUGCUGCCCUGCCUCCUGAUGCUGGUGGUCUUCAAGGCGUUUGGAGUCCAAGCGUUUGUGGCGAACAACCACCUGGUGGACGUGCUGUUGCUGCUCCUGCUGUACGGUUGGGCCGUGGUGCCUCUCAUGUACCUGCUCAGCUUCCUCUUCUCCACGGCCGCCACCGCCUACACCCGUCUCACCAUCUUCAACAUGAUCUCUGGCACGGCCACCUUCCUGGCCGUGACCAUCAUGACCAUCCCAGAGCUGAAUCUUCAGGACCUGUCUCGGCUCCUGGACAAGGUGUUCCUGAUCUUCCCAAACUACUGCCUGGGAAUGUCCUUCAGCCAGUUCUACCAGAACUAUGAGUUCAUCUCGUUUUGCACCUCCAGCCCCCUCAGCGAAGCAAUCUGUAAAAUCCUAAACAUCACAUACCAGCCCAACUACUUCUCCAUCUCAGAGCCCGGUGUCGGUCGCUUCCUGCUGGCCUUCACGGUGCAGGGCGUCGUCUACAUCGCUCUGCUGUUCGUCAUCGAGCUGCAGUGCGUCCACACCGUGUGGCGACUCCUCACCUCUCUGUGCAGGAGACGCAAACAGGUACGUGAAUAGUGAGAGCAGCGAAUAGGAGUCUGCGUUACUUUAUCCGUGAAGAAAUAUUCAAGCAGCCCCAGUUUGCACCGUGUGGGAUGCAAAGUGUUAUUUAAACUGAAGCCUGUAACACAGACACCUGGAGACAACUGGAGCCAUGUGAAUGUGUUGGAAGG